AUGGAUGCCGUGGACAGCAAAAAAGAUGGACAAGUUAUCAAGGCAAAACUCAGUGAGGUGACAAAAGAACUGCAGGAUCUGGAGACAAAAAGCCAAAAUAUUGAGGAAGAAAAUAUCAAACUUAAAGAAGAAUUAAAGGUAGUGUACGAGACAGUGACUUACAAUAGAAACUUUACAAAGGAAGAAAUUCAGUAUCUUGACCAGAUGAUUGAAAACAAAAUUUUAGGUCUUCAAGAACAGCUUGAUUUGUCAAAAAAGACAUUGGAAAGUGACUUGAGAAAAGUCAUACAGACAUUGAAGAUGACGGAACAGAAUACAAAAGAGAAAAUAAAGGCUUUAAAUGAAUCGCAAAUGGUUUCCGCUAAAAGCCCGCAAAUCGAAAUGCUCCAAUAUCAAAUGAAUGCAAUGAAUGUAACAUUACAGAAAUGCAGCGUAAGCACUUUUUUUGAACGUGUGAAAAAGACAGAGUACGCUUUAGAAAACUACUCCGUCUCUGUAAAUGAAACUUUACACACUGUUUGUGGGGAUCUGAAUGAUUCCAGCUGGAUCUUGUCAGAAGUGCUUCUGAAGGAUUGCAGGGAGAUUUUAAAGAUUUUCCCGAGUUUAAAGGGUCGAGAUGGUAUAUACAGAAUAUCCGUAGGCUCUGGGAUCAAGACUGUUUACUGUGACAUGACGACAGAUAGGGGAGGCUGGACGAAAGGAUCUACAUUAAAGGCAGGUGGUGGAAUUCUUAUUUAUAUUGCUAGUGAUAUAACAUAUAAACGUAGAACUGAUUUUGAGAUCAGUAAUAUUGAGACAAUCUGGCUAGAGAUAAAUCUGAAAAAUUCAAAACCUAUAUUUCAUUGCUCUGCUUAUCGUUCACCAUCUGCCCCCUCCUGCUGGGCGGAGGAUCUAGCAAGGGAGGUGAACCGUGCCUCCUGCUGUGACGAUACUGAUAUAAUUUUAUCAGGUGAUUUCAUUAUUGAUCUAAUGAAAGACCACCCACAAUACUGGACAUCUGCUUUAGAGAAGUUUGGACUUUCACAAAUAGUUACUGUUCCUACUAGAAUAACAA